AUGUGUUUUCAACUUUCAACCUUGAAUCAACUUUUCUCCAUAUUUUCAAAUCCCAAACAAUGUCUUAGAUGUUUCACAUCAUUUUCUAAUGUUUUCUUUUCUUCUACCUGGGGUAAUUUAAUUUUAACGGCACCACCGACACCAGGUUCUUUCCUUACCGCGUAAAUUAACAUAUUACAAUAUCUUCCAACUUCGCCAUUAAUGCAUUACAACUAUAUAACAGAAUAUCUUCUUUUCUUUCUUCUACCCAUCUCAGAACAACAAUAAACCCAAAUGGGUUCUCUACCGGCAUUUCCAAACGGUUAUCCUCCAAAACAAAGAAUUAACAGGCUAAUUGACGAAACUACCCUCGCUGAUCUCUUCAAAUCCCAGCAAAACCAUCUCAACUUCUUCUUCGACCGCAUCGACCAUUCCCAAACCCUAGCAUUCACACGCACUCUCCUCGAUGCUUCCGGCACCGUCUUCUUCACCGGCGUCGGUAAAUCCGGCUUCGUGGCGCAUAAAAUCUCUCAGACACUCGUUUCCCUCGGUAUCCGUUCUGCUUUCCUAUCCCCCGUCGAUGCUCUGCACGGUGACAUCGGAAUCCUCAGUGACCGUGACGUGCUCGUUCUCUUAAGCAAAUCUGGUGCCACCGAGGAGCUUAUUCGCCUUGUUCCUUGCGCUAGAGCUAAAGGUGCGUGUCUCAUUGCUGUGACGUCCGUUGAAGGGAACGCGCUUUCGGUAGUGUGUGAUAUGACCGUGCAUUUGCCGUUGGAGAGGGAGCUUUGUCCGUUUAACCUUGCGCCUGUCACUUCCACUGCAAUUCAGAUGGUUUUCGGUGAUACGGUGGCUAUUGCGCUCAUGGCUGCAAGGAAUCUCACCAAGGAUGAGUAUGCUGCUAACCAUCCCGCCGGUAAAAUCGGCAAGAGCCUCAUCUUUAAGGUAAGAGAUGUGAUGAAGAAAGAUGAGGAGCUUCCAAUUUGCAGGGAAUCAGAUUUGAUUAUGGAUCAGCUUGUGGAGCUGACGAGUAAAGGAUGUGGAUGCCUUCUUGUUAUUGAUGAUGAUCGUCGUCUGAUUGGGACAUUUACCGAUGGUGAUCUGCGUCGUACCCUCAAAGCUAGUGGGGAAGGCAUUUUCAAACUCACAGUAGGGAAAAUGUGCAACAGGAAUCCGAGAACUAUUGGUCCAGAUGCUAUGGCAGUGGAUGCCAUGAAGAAGAUGGAAGCCCCUCCAUCACCAGUCCAAUUUUUGCCUGUGAUAGAUGAUGACAAUAUUGUGAUUGGGAUUGUCACGUUGCAUGGUUUGGUUUCAGCUGGGUUGUGAUUGGCUUCAGCUGGGUAUUGAUUAUGUCUAUAAAUCAUAGAGCCUAUUUUGCUAUUAGUUCAUCGAGUCAUUCUUUAUAGCCCCGAUAUUAGCAUUUGAAUCCGCCCAAUUCCGAGCGGGAUUCUGGUGCUCUUCUGUAACUCUAUUCCACAGGGAAAUAUGAAUUUUUUUCAUCUCACUUGUGGUCAAAGAGUCUAAAUUGUUUGAUGAAAACAAUUUUCUCCACACACUACAUUUCUAAAAACCCUCAAGAGUAUUUUCGAACAUGAAAAACACUAUUUUUUGUUCAGAAGUGUACAUCCAGCCAACACAAACUAUUUCUUCUGGAUGUGAAAAGUUCCUCCCUUGUUUGAUGCAAUGUUGGACCUACUUGUCUCAUGGGUCUGGAUUUGUAUUACUAUAUCCGUGUGUCUAUUUGUUGUCUUACUUUCAGGAAGUAAGAUGCUGUAUCUGAGAGCUUCUAUAUAUUAUUGAUUUAUCAUUGUAUAUUCCUAUCUUGUAUUGAAUGUUAAAAAUAUGCAUGUUACAAGUUCCAACAA